AAUUGAGUCGGCGGGGGCGGAGCAAAUAAUUACAACCACCGGAGAGAUUUUCGAUUUUCAAAACGAAAGAGAAAGUUAUCACAAUCUUCUGAAGCGAUAGAAAGAGAAGAGAAAGAGGAGCAAUCAUGGGGAUGAAAUUUUUGAACAAGAAGGGAUGGCAUACGGGGAGCCUCCGUAACAUCGAGAACGUGUGGAAGGCUGAGCAGAAACAAGAGGCCGAGCAGAAAAAACUCGAGGAGCUUCGUCUACAGAUCGUCCAGGAGAAGGAGCGUUCUGAGUUUCGCGCUCUCCAGGAACAAGCCGGUCUCAUCCCGAGACAAGAGAGGUUAGAGUUUCUGUAUGAUUCAGGAUUAGCUGUUGGGAAAGGGAGUGCGAGUGGUUCAGGUGUGUCGUUUCAGAGAGAAGAGCAGCCUUUAGCUAAUGCUGCGGAAGCUGGUAAUAAUGCUGGUGAGAAGCCAGAUCCUUCAGCUCCUGGUGCGUUGUUUGAGGAUAAGACUCCCUCUGCGAAUGAUUCUUGGAGGAAGCUUCACUCUGACCCUUUGCUUCUCAUCAGGCAGCGCGAGCAAGAAGCUCUUGCUAGAAUCAAGAACAACCCUGUCAAGAUGGCUCUUAUUCGAAAAUCUGUGGAGGAGAAGGGAAAGGGUAAAGAUGGUGGUGCAAAGGAGCACAAGAAAAAGCGUAAGCAUCGUAAGCAUUCUUCAUCCAGACACCAUUCUGAUUCGGGGGAAGAUUCUGGCGAAGAGACUGGAAGAAAAUCACGUCAUCACAGAGCAUCAGGGGAUCAUGACAAACACUAUGAGAGGGAAAGUCGUGAUAAGCACUCUGAGAGACGAAGGUCUGACUUAGAGGAUGAGUCCAGAAGAAGAGAGAGUCAAGAUAAGCACUAUGAGAGACGGAGGUCAGAGUUGGAUGAUGAGUCCAAAAGAAGAGAAAGUCAAGAUAAGCACUAUGAGAGACGGAGGUCAGAGUUGGAUGAUGAAUCAAAGAGAAGAGAAAGACGUAGAGAUGAUCGACCCAGUGAGAAGUAUAGGAACCACUCUCCUUACAGCAGCCGUUUAGAAAGGGAAAAUCUCAAGAGUUAUGGUGAAGAUGACAGAAAAAGGAAAACAGAGGAUUUAGACAAUGUCAAGCCCCCCUCGAGGGAGGACAAUGGAUUCCAGAAUAGACGCCGGAAGGGUGGCUCUAAACUAUCAGAGGAAGAGAGAGCUGCUAGAUUCAAGCAAAUGCAAAUGGACGCAGAGGUGCACGAGGAGCAGAGAUGGAGAAGAUUGAAGAAAGCUGAUGAAAGUGAUGCAGUGGAAGCUAGCAAGAACAAAAACUCUUUGGGCAAAAGCUUCUUGGACGAGGCUAAUAAAAGUGUGUAUGGAGUUGAGAAAGGUGGAAGCUCGACCAUUGAAGAAAGUGUGCGUCGCAGAAGCUUUUAUUCACAGCGUGGAACUGAGGCUGAAGGCAAUGCUUUUCGCCGUUGAAUGAACAAAUAUCAUAUUCCAAUACGAGUUUUUAUUUUGGAAAUGUAACAAAUCAAUACUAUUAAAACAACAGUCUUUUCUUUACA